CACCUCCGAAUCAUCACGAAGCCAGCUAUCGCACGAAACGCACACGACGGCCUCGCCGACCUCGACGUCUCCCACACGCCACCACAGCAGGAGCACGACGCUCACGCCGCGCGAGCAGCUCCCGCCCACGCUGAAGAUGAGCAUGUACACGGCGGACUUCCUGGCGGCCUUCGGCGGCGACGGCUUCGAGAAGGGCAUUGGCGUCAUCUGGGAGAUGAAGGUUGCCCCUGGCCGCCGCCAGAGGGGCGCGCUCGGUGAUGUGUUCGUUGCUGCUGGUGGCGCGCCCAGGCUCCACCUCCACCACCACCACCACCAGGAACUAAGGAACUAGCGGACAACAACUGGACUGAACUAAGGGGCGAACAUGUGCGAUGGGCUUAUCUUUCUUAUCAAAAUUGGUGUCUGGCUUGUUCUUGUUGUUCUUGUUUUGGCUUGUCUUUUUUGCUUGGGUUGCGUGCGCACCCUGCGGGUUCGUCUUUCUUGCUUUCUUUCUUUCUUCGGCUCUUCCUUCUUUCUCACUUUCGGUGCAAAGUCGGCUUAUAUGAGUGAGUGUACAGUACAGUAUUUUUAUAUCCCCGGGUGCUUCCUUUUUUUUCUUCUUCUUUCGACUUCUCUUUUUUCCCCGUUAAUUUGUACCUACUACUCUUGGCUUUUUAUGCAACGCUCGCCGGCUCGGGUUCUUCUUCAUGCGUGGGAAAGUAUGUACUCUACUUAUUAUUCUGGUUGUUAUUCUGGUUGUCAGUAUUCUGGUUGUUCUUCUUCUGGUUGUUACUCUGGUUGUUAUUCUGGUUACCGGCGGUGUACGACUAUUACUUUGUAUUGACACCGCAGAUUCGCGUUGCGCGCUUCGUUGGAACUCGGACUUUGACUCGCGGAUGAGUGUGUCUGUUGUUUCUUCUUUUUUUUCUUUUUCGGCUUCUUUUUCUGCUUGGGAGCGGGUUGGUUGGGUUACUUGAAUGGGCACGGGCAGUAGUAGUUCCUAUUAAUACAGGGUGUGUUUUGAAUCUUUUGAUUGUAUCUGGCGAUGGUGCAUGAGGAUGGUACCGGUGGUUGGGCGGUGUUUGGGGACGGCCUGGACGGGAUCGGGGAAAUCGAUUGAAGAUGAGGCUGAAGAUGAAGUUACAAUGUACCUAUGCAGCUCGAC